GACAAUUUACAAGUGCUAUCCAUGUUUUCACAGCGCUCACUUUAUGAAAACCACAACUACAAAAAAUCAGACAUUUGCAAUCAUUCUCCUCAAGUUUGGCUGCAGAGGCAAGCAUUUGAAACAGCUUAUCAGCAAACUAACCAAGGACGCCAUCGUCGCCGCAGUUUGUCGAGACACGACAUGCCCUCAAACUCCUCUCCUCGCCAUGUCUAUGCCAGGGUGUACCAUGGCAACGGCCUGUCCCGCUGCCCCCGUCUGUUCUCCACCGAUAUCGUACCCGUGUACGACUCAAGUGUCUUCACCAGUUAUCACAUCAACAGCUAGUUGUCCUGGACUGUGCCCAUCGACUUGUGCUCCUGCUUGCAAUCCUGUUUGCUGUCGAUCCAAAAUUACACCUGUUAAAGAUCAAGUCACUAAGCAAAAGGGCGCUCCACUUUAUGACUAUGCUCUUGAAGACGGGGAAGAUUCUUAAACAACACGGAUUGUUUCAGUCAAAUCCAUGGAUUAUUUCUUAGUCUGUGGAAUUAAAAUUUAAAACAUGCUCUGGACAAACUUUAGUUAUAAACUUUAUAACUAGUUUUUUCCUCUCUCCGCAAAACCUAACCGCUAGCUAAAUUCCAAUUUGAUCUGUGAGCCGUCCCCUGAGUUAGUUCAAACAAGAGGCUGUUGCAGGGUUAGCCAUGCCCUGACUUAGAUCAGCUCAAAGGUUGUUUCGGGGUAUUGCUAACAUAGAAAUUUUGAAAGUAUUAAACUGGUUAUAAACGAGAAAAAGCCAUAAUAACUUGAUCUCUACAGAAAUUGUAUUAUGUUAAACCAUUUAAAAAAUAAAUACGACAUUUCGAUUACAAA